UGUGGAAAGACCUUUGCUCAGAGGUCAUAUUUCCAUAAGAGGAUCCACACAGGGGAGAAGCCAUAUAAAUGCAUGGAAUGUGGAAAGACCUUUGCUCAAAGAAGUAAUCUUAUUCGCCAUAAGAGGAUCCACAUAGGGCAGAAGCCGUAUAAAUGCAUGGACUGCAUGGAGUGUGGAAAGACCUUUGCUCAAAGUAAUGCUAUCCAUGAGAUCCACACAGGGAAAAAACCAUUUAAAUGCAUGGAGUGUGGAAAGACCUUUGCUCAAAGACAUAUUCGCCAUAAGAGGAUCCACACAGGGGAGAAGCCAUAUAAAUGCAUGGAGUGUGGAAAGGCCUUUGCUCAAAGAGGUCAUCUUAUUUCCCAUAAGAGAAUCCACACAAGGGAGAAAUCCUAUAAAUGCAUGGAGUGUGGAAAGACCUUUGCUCAAAGAGGUCAUCUUAUUCGCCAUAAGAGGAUCCACACAGGGGAAAAAAACCAUAAAUGCAUGGAGUGCGGAAAGGUCUUUGCUCGUAACAGUGGCCUAAGAAUACAUAAAAGGAUCCACACAGGGGAGAAGCUGUAUAAAUGCAUGGAGUGUGGGAAAACGUUUACGCAUAGCAGUGGACUCAGUAAUCACAAUAAGCUACACACAAGAGAAAAGUCCUAUAAAUGCAUGGAGUGUGGAGAGACCUUUGCUCAAAGAGGUCAUCUUAUUCGCCAUAAGGUGAUCCACACAGGGGAGAAGCCAUUUAAAUGCAUGGAGUGUGGAAAGACCUUUGCUCAAAGAAGUAAUCUUACUUCCCAUAAGAGGAUCCACACAGGGGAGAAGCCGUAUAAAUGCAUGGAGUGUGGAAACACCUUUGCUAAAAGAGGUCAUCUUAUUUCCCAUAAGAGGAUCCACACAGGGGAAAAGCCAUAUAAAUGCAUGGAGUGUGGAAAGACCUUUGUUCGAAGAGGUCAUCUUAUUAAGGAUCACACAGGGGAAGCCAUAUAA